GUUUACAGAGAAAAGUAGAGUUAUAGAAGUAAUUGCCAUGGUAGCAACAAUUCUAGUAACACUUAUGAUUAUUAUCAUAUUAUUCAUUGGAAGGAGACUUCUGAAUAAAGUAAUGAAGGGACAAUGUGAAGAGGAAAGAUGUCCAGGAAUUUUGUCUCGCAAUGUUUCGAGGAAAUGCCAAAGAGGAGUCCAACUUCAAGAGCUUCAAGUGUUAGAUUUUGAGAACCUGGCGGCUGCAACAAACAACUUCGAUCCUGCCAAUAAGCUUGGCAACGGUGGUUUUGGUGUAGUUUACAAGGGAAAGCUUCGAGAUGGGCAGGAAGUAGCAGUGAAAAGACUUUCAAGAGCAUCUAGACAAGGGAUAGAAGAAUUCACGAACGAGGCGACUGUGAUUUCUCAACUUCAACACCGGAAUCUCGUGAGGCUUCUCGGAAGCUGCAUUGAUGGGGAAGAGAAGAUGUUAGUAUAUGAGUACAUGCCAAACAAGAGCUUGGAUAUUUUACUCUUUGAUUCACAAAAUGCAAAACUUCUUGAUUGGAGAAAGCGUUUCAACAUUAUAGAAGGGAUCAGUCGAGGUCUUUUAUAUCUUCACAGGGAUUCAAGAUUACGAAUUGUACAUAGAGACUUAAAAGCAAAUAAUAUUUUAUUAGAUGAAGAACUAAACCCUAAAAUUUCAGAUUUUGGGUUAGCAAAGAUUUUUUUUGACAAUGAAAGCCAAGCCACUACUAAAAGGAUAUUUGGUACAUACGGUUAUAUGGCACCCGAAUAUGCAAUGAGAGGACAAUUUUCAGAAAAAUCUGAUGUGUUUAGCUUUGGGGUAUUGACAUUAGAGAUUAUCAGUGGAAGAAGAAACUCAAGUUUUCAUGAGGAUGAGCAUUCAUUGAGCCUUUUGGGAUACGCAUGGAAACUGUGGAAUGAGGACAACAUCUUGGCCUUCAUAGAUCCAGCUAUAUCAGAUUCAAGUUUUGACAGGGAAAUCCUGAAAUCCAUACAUGUUGGACUACUAUGUGUGCAAAACUUUGCGAAAGAUAGGCCAACCAUGUCAACGGUGACUUCGAUGCUUAGUAGUGAGAUAGAAAAUCUUCCAGCACCAAAGCAACCUCCAUUCAUUGAUGAGAAAGCAGCCAUUGAUCACUCUCAGUUACAAAGCCAAAAUACUUGGAAGCGUUGAUAAGAUUUUGUUGAUUGUUAUAAACCUUUGCUGGUAAAUAAUUUGUCAUUUGAACAGGCAGCUGAGUUAAAUUUGAAAGCUAAAGGUCUAUUACAAUUUCCAGCCGGUAACUUAGGCGGACAGAUCAAUAGGCUCAUUUGACUAACGGCCCAUCAGCAAAUUCCCAUCUUCUA